CCGAGUCAGCCCUCUCCAAAGGCGCCUCUGUGACAGCACUCAUUUGCGUGCCUUGGUCAAAGUCCUCCGUAAGAAGUGUGCAUUGAGGACAGCUUUCUAUAGUUUGUCCUUCUUUCUUUGGGACAAGUGCCACUGGCCCACUCAGGCAAAGAUCUCUGGAGACCAUGACCAAGAAAAGAAUCGCUGUGAUUGGGGGAGGAUCCAGUGGGCUCACUUGUAUCAAGAGCUGUGUGGAGGAAGGCUUGGAGCCUGUCUGCUUUGAGAGGACUGAGGACAUCGGAGGACUGUGGAGGUUCCAGGACAAUCCAGAACAGGGAAGGGCCAGUAUUUACAAAUCGGUGGUCAUCAAUACUUCCAAGGAGAUGAUGUGCUUCAGUGACUUCCCCAUCCCAGCUCAUUACCCCAACUUCAUGCACAACUCCCAGGUCCUGGAGUAUUUCAGGAUGUAUGCUGGAGAAUUUGGCCUUCUAAAGUACAUCCGGUUCAAGACCACUGUGUGCAGUGUGAAUAAGCGGCCUGAUUUCUCUACUUCUGGCCAAUGGGAAGUGGUCACUGAGUGUGAAGGGAGAAAGGAGGUGGAUAUCUUUGAUGGAAUAAUGGUUUGCACUGGCCAUCACACUGAUGCUCAUUUGCCCCUGGAAAACUUUCCUGGAAUCGAAAAGUUCAAAGGACAGUACUUCCACAGUCGAGACUAUAAGAACCCAGUGACAUUCACUGGGAAAAGAGUCGUUGUCAUUGGCAUCGGGAAUUCUGGAGGGGACCUGGCUGUAGAGAUUAGCCACACAGCCAAGCAGGUAUUCCUCAGCACCAGGAGAGGGGCUUGGAUCCUGAAUCGUGUGGGGAACCAUGGAUACCCUUUUGAUAUGCAGGUCUCUUCUCGAUUGUACUAUUUUUUGUCAAAGAUAUGUGGUCAGUCAUUAGCAAAUACAUUUAUGGAAAGACGGCUGAACCAAAGGUUUGACCAUGAAAUGUUUGGCCUGAAGCCUAAACACAGAGCUCUGAGUCAGCAUCCCACAGUAAAUGAUGAAUUGCCAAAUCGUAUAAUUUCUGGUUUGGUGAAAGUGAAAGGAAAUGUGAAGGAAUUCACAGAGACAGCUGCCAUAUUUGAGGACGGCUCCAGAGAGGAAGACAUUGACGCUGUUGUCUUUGCCACAGGCUAUAGCUUUUCCUUUCCUUUUCUUGAAGAUGAUUCUGUCAAAGUGGUCAAAAACAAGGUAUCCCUAUAUAAAAAGGUCUUCCCUCUUAACCUGGAAAAACCAACUUUGGCAAUCAUAGGCUUGAUUCAGCCCUUGGGAGCCAUUAUGCCCAUUGCAGAGCUCCAAGGACGCUGGGCUGCUCAAGUAUUUAAAGGUCUAAAGAAAUUGCCCUCACAAAGUGAAAUGAUGACAGAAGUAAUUAAGACUCAAGAGGAAAUGGCGAAAAGGUAUGUGGAGAGCCAACGCCAUACCAUUCAGGGAGACUAUGUAGCUACCAUGGAAGAGAUUGCUGAGUUGGUGGGCGUCAGGCCCAAUCUACUGUCGCUGGCCUUUACUGACCCCAAGCUGGCCCUAGAGCUUUUGGUGGGACCUUGUACUCCAGCUCAUUAUCGUCUACAGGGCCCUGGAAAGUGGGAAGGGGCUCGAGAAACUAUCUUUUCCGCAGAAGAUCGUAUCCGAAAGCCUUUGAUGACAAGAGAAGUCGAAAAGAGUAACUCCAUGGCUUCAGUGAUGACAAUGGGCAGGUUCCUACUAGCUGUGGGGUUCUUGGCUCUAAUUAUGGCUUAUUUUUAGUUGUCAGAUUGUCAAUGCCCUGGCUUUCGCUGGAGAUGCCUUCAGAUGAUAACAAGAUUGAACAGUCAACUUUAUAUUGCCCAGAAAUGUACUUCUAUUUCUCUUCAAGAACAUAAUCCUCUUUUCUUUUUCCCACAGGGAAAUCUGUUUUUUGUUUGUAUUGACUCAUCUCCCUUCCUCUCUCGACCCACCACUUUUUCUGUCCAAUAGUUCCUAGACUGUGAGUUCAGAUACACUUUUAGUCAUCUUUCUAUGUCCUGAGUAGAGUUCUUGACAUACGGUACAUGCUUUAAAAAUGCUUGUUGUUGCUUAUCAAUUUCCCAACAUGCCAUGUAUUUCCUUAUUUCUGCAAGCAUUCUUGUGUUGUAUUCUCUUUUUGCCAGCUGAGUAAGAUCAUCUUCAAGUUUCAGUGCAUCAGCUAUCUCUUCCAGGAAGUGCAUCCUGAUAGUAAAUAUGAAAUAGGUGGCCUUCCUUUGUGCUCUCAUUACACAA